CACUAGGUCAUUGCACAUAUAGAGUAUAUGAUCCGACAGGAUACAUCGACUUGUCAGCUGUGAAUCACAUUAAGCCCCAAACAGUGACUCUACAAUGGCGUCCUCCUAAACAUUUUCAGAAAGGAAGGAAAUUGAUUAUCAGUUGUACAAGAAAGCUAAGUGACGUGUCCUAAGAAGAAGGUGCUAUUGACACAACUGCCUGACAAGUUUAUCUAAAUCGCAGAUUUGACACAACAUGAUUGCGGGUAUAACGGCCGCCGUAGCAGCAGGCUCCAGUUUAGCGGGUACGACCGUCAGCGCCUUGACCAGCAGUGGAGGGUACAGUGUAGCCUGCGGGAUCGAGACUGCUAACUGGACCAAGUAUACUCUGGAGAAGCCUACGGCGUUCAAUGACGGCGGACUGAUUAAAACCCCACCGAUAGAUAUUCUACCGGGUGUCAAGGAGGCAAUGGUGGCUCAUAAGACUGGAGGAACGGCUACAGGGACGUAUGGCUCAGUUUCCUGGGUCGUCAAGGACAGGCGUGCGGUAGUGAUGUGGGCAGUGCCAUUCAACCAUGACUACUACACCAACUGGUUAGCUGUUGGUCUCACUAAACCCGGCUACACAGAACAUGACCCGCAUUGGUACAACACCAUGUACUACAAGAACAGUACCGAGACAUUUUCAUUUAAAAGGAAACAAUUUUAUAAUGAUGUUAGCGCCCUCUCAUUCUCUGAUGGAGAAUUCGAAAUAGAAGGAAACAUGGGAUCUACCCAUAUCACAAACAUGCAUAUUAUUGUCAGACCAUGUAACAAACAGGAUUAUGCGCCAUCGCUCCUCAAAGCAUUGAACAAAGAUUAAUAGACACGUGUUUGUGGAAGGCACGAUUGCAUAAAAAUCAAAUAAAAAAAUGUAUUUUGUAUUUAAACAUGGAGAAAUGAUUAAAAUAUGUUUUAAAUCACCUGUAACAAUAACAAGAUCAAGCAUAUUAUUAGAGAUCGUUGUUACUUACCAAUAGUAAUGUCCUUUAUGUAUGUUAAUGCUUCUAUCUACGCACACAUCUUAGUGUAUCUUAUCGAAUGUAAUAAGAAUUGAGCACUCAAAAAAUAUGCACAUGGAAAACAAUAAAAACUCAACUCAACGCAAAAAAACAAUAUCACGAUAUUAAUUACGCGAAAAACACUAAAUACGAUAACCUUAUACAACUGCUAAACUUACUCAUGUUUAAUACCUCGAUAUAUAAGUUCUUUUAUGAAACUUAAAGCAUCAACAUUGUUCAAAGUACACUGUUUUCGUGACAGUUGUUUAAGCUCGUCCUACGUAAUUACAAAAUUCUACUUUUGGAAGAAAUGAAGUGAUCUAGUAUGUACAAUGUAAAUAAAUUAUUUUUAAGAAAAGCGCAUUUCCGUGUUUAACGAAAUUGUCUACAUCAACAAAACUAUUGUUAAAGACCUCUGAUAAAAAGAACUCUUCCUUUAUAUCACACCUAUUUUUUACAUUUAUACACAAAACAAAAUAUUUACAUUAGACUAUAUCUGAAAUGAUAAUGUCUAUUGUUUAUUUGUUCUGGAUUUUUUUAAAAUUUAUACUAGAAGACUAUAUGCACUCUGCGUAAUCAAGUGACCAUGGCAGUGACGGGAAUGAUAUACCCCGGAGGUGGACUGGAUAAUGUAUUUAUCACCAAUUACACUUUGUUGUCUUCACCAAGCAAAGCAUAAUCAAAAAAAUAUCCUUAUAUGUGAAAAUGACUGAAAUGUGUUCAACACAUGGUUUAUAACAUUGUCAUACACACUGACUCCGUACGUGAUCAUGAAAACCUAUUAUUUUCGCCUGUGCAGUAAAACGACAAUCAGGUUUCUUUGAGGGAUAAAUAGCAAUAGAAAUUGAUAUAUAUCUAACAAUAGAUAUAUUCAUGUCAUUCAUGUAGAAAGGCAAAUGUUGUUUUUAUAUAACGGACACAUAACCAUUUCACACUUUGUCUAGCUGGAAUCUCUAAUAUAUGCAAUCUUAUAUAAUUGCUAAUGUUAUCAAUAAAAUCAAUUUAAACUGC